AUGCCAGCCGCAACGACAAAAAAGCCGGAAGCCAACGGGGAGUCCUCCACCGCAGCCUACAAAGCCCAGACAGCCAACCCCAGUGGCAACCCAACCUACGAGCUCCCGUGGGUCGAAAAAUACCGCCCCGUAUUCCUCGACGACGUAGUAGGCAACACCGAGACCAUCGAGCGCCUCAAGAUCAUCGCCCGCGACGGCAACAUGCCCCACGUAAUCAUCUCUGGCAUGCCCGGCAUUGGUAAGACCACCUCCGUCUUGUGUCUAGCCCGCCAACUCCUCGGGGACGCCUACAAAGAAGCCGUGCUUGAACUCAACGCCUCUGACGAGAGAGGUAUUGAUGUUGUGAGGCAGCGUAUCAAGGGGUUUGCGCAGAAGAAGGUGACCCUCCCGCAAGGGAGACAUAAACUUGUCAUCUUGGACGAAGCGGAUAGCAUGACGAGCGGUGCCCAGCAGGCGUUGAGACGGACGAUGGAGAUUUACAGCAAUACGACGAGGUUCGCCUUCGCCUGCAACCAAAGCAACAAAAUCAUCGAACCCCUCCAGUCGCGCUGCGCCAUUCUUCGCUAUGCGAAAUUAACAGACGAGCAAGUCGUCAAACGCCUCUUGCAAAUCAUCGAUGCGGAAGGUGUCAAGUUCAGUGAGGAUGGCCUCGCGGCGUUGGUGUUUAGUGCGGAAGGGGAUAUGCGCCAGGCGAUCAACAACCUGCAAUCGACGUGGGCUGGGUUCGGGUUUGUCUCGGGGGACAAUGUCUUCAAGGUUGUCGACAGUCCUCACCCGAUCAAAGUGCAGGCUAUGCUCAAGGCUUGUUAUGAGGGGAAUGUGGACUCGGCGCUUGACACGUUGAGGGAGCUGUGGGAUUUGGGGUACAGCAGUCAUGAUAUUAUCUCGACAAUGUUUAGGGUGACCAAGACAAUUGAGACGUUGAGCGAGCAUAGCAAGUUGGAGUUUAUCAAGGAGAUUGGGUUUACGCAUAUGAAGGUUUUGGAGGGGGUGCAGACGCUACUGCAAUUGAGUGGGUGUGUGGUGAGGUUGUGUAGGUUGAAUAUGGAUCCGAAGAGGUUUGAGAGGAGGUAGGGGAGGCAGAUAGAUACCCGAGAAUUAUUUGUUCCAUGGAGUUUUGGGGCGUGGAAAAUUUGGCGCACGGCAAGGGGGACAUGUUUGGAGGGUGGUUUUAUUACACGUGAUGUACCUACUUUGGAAGGCGAACAAAAUGUGAUGUGUAAUUUUGUAAGUACAGGUGUACAACCUGAGCAGACAACAACAACAACCUCCUUCUUUUCACUUUAUAAAUGUCAACAAGC